UUGUUUUGUGCGCGCGUGGUGAACGGUUGUUUCUCGGCUGCUCGUCGGCGAGACUGCGAUUUCUGCGAUUUGCGAACUGCGAUUUGCAAACUGCGACUGGCGACCUGUGCGCCCUCUCCAGCGGCGGAUUCCCGAGUUUUGGCCAUCGAAGGCGUUCUGGCCAAAGACUGCGCCUGGCAUUCCCCUGCAACUGAGCGCCGAGAACAGAUUAUCCAGCGAGAAGAAGAAGCAGCGUAAGCGCGCCGUCUCCCUCGCACCGAUCGCGUUUUUUGUUGGUUUUUUGUUAUGUUUUGUUGCUGCUGCUCCAAAAAGAUGUGAGCCAUGAGUGGCUAAAACUAGAAACUAGACUAAAGAGCAGCCAAGACGGAGCAGAAGACGCAGAGGGCCAAAAACAUUGAAGGCAAGCCAAGAAGCAACCAGAGCCAACAACAAAUGCCCAACUCCGCGGCGUCGUCGCUGCGUCGACGUCGUCCAGAAGCAGCAACAACAGCAACCACAACAACAGCAACAACAGCAACCACAGCCAGCGAGAUGCCGUCGCUGUCGCGGCGGGCGUCGCUGCUCGCGGCGCUGCUGGUGCUCUGCUGCUGCGACAGCUGCUUAAUUUUUUGUUACGCGGAUGCCAAUCCCCAGCCGCAGCAGCAGCCGAAUCAGAACCAGAACCAGCUCGUCCAGCAGCAGCAGCUCCAGGCCCCUCGAUUCACCACGCAUCCAUCGGCAUCGGGGUCGAUUGUCAGCGAGGGCAGCACCAAGAUACUCCAGUGUCAUGCGCUGGGAUACCCACAGCCCACAUAUCGAUGGCUAAAGGACGGCGUCCCCGUGGGCGACUUCUCAUCCAGCCAGUUCUACCGGUUCCACAGCACGCGGCGCGAGGAUGCGGGCAGCUAUCAGUGCAUUGCCAGGAAUGAUGCCGGAUCCAUAUUCAGCGAGAAGAGUGACGUUGUCGUUGCCUACAUGGGCGUCUUUGAGAACACCACCGAGGGUCGACUGACGGUGAUUAGCGGCCACCCUGCCAUCUUCGACAUGCCAGCCAUUGAAUCCGUGCCCGUGCCGUCGGUCAUGUGGCAGUCGGAGGACGGACCCCUGAGCUAUGACAUCAAGUACGCCUUCACCAAGGCCAACCAGCUGGUCAUCCUGAGUGCCGACGAAAACGAUCGCAAGGGAUACCGAGCCAAGGCGACCAACACGCAGCUGGGCAAGGAGGAGAGCAGUGCCUUUGUCCACCUGAAUGUCAGUGGAGAUCCGUACAUCGAGGUGGCGCCCGAGAUCAUAGUGCGUCCGCAGGAUGUGAAGGUUAAGAUGGGCACAGGAGUGGUGGAAAUGCAGUGUAUAGCGAAUGCCCGACCCCUGCACGAGUUGGAAACCCUCUGGCUGAAAGAUGGCAUUGCCGUGGAAACGGCCGGAGUGAGGCAUACGCUAAGCGAUCCCUGGAAUCGAACCCUGGCCCUGUUGCAGGCGAAUAGCUCUCAUUCCGGCGAGUAUACCUGCCAGGUGCGACUGCGCAGUGGCGGCUAUCCGGCGGUUAGUGCCUCGGCCCGCCUCCAAAUCCUCGAGCCGCCUGUCUUCUUCACCCCCAUGCGGGCGGAAACCUUUGGGGAAUUCGGCGGACAGGUGCAGCUGGCCUGCGACGUGGUCGGCGAACCCACGCCCCAGGUCAAGUGGUUCCGGAAUGCCGAAUCGGUGGACCCACACAUCGAAAGCGGAAGAUACUCGCUGAACACGGAUAAUACGCUGGUAAUUAAGAAACUUAUCCUGGAUGAUGCCGCCAUGUUUCAGUGCCUGGCCAUCAACGAAGCGGGGGAGAACUCGGCGAGCACCUGGCUGCGCGUUAAAACAAAAACGGCCAAGAUCCGCGUGAAGCGUUUGGCCCAGCCGCGAAUCCUGAGGGUAAGAGCUUCGCAUGCUGGCUUGGGAUCGGAAAAGGGAUCGGGAUCGGGAUCAGGUUCCUCCGGUAGACGCAAGGAGAUUCGCUUUGCAUCGGCUCCCAUUAUGGAGCUGCCGCCCCAGAAUGUGACUGCUCUGGAUGGCAAGGACGCGACCAUCUCCUGCCGGGCGGUGGGAUCCCCCAACCCGAACAUAACCUGGAUAUACAACGAGACCCAACUGGUGGACAUAUCCAGCCGGGUGCAGAUACUCGAAUCGGGCGACCUGCUCAUCUCGAACAUCCGAUCCGUGGACGCGGGUCUGUACAUCUGCGUGCGGGCCAACGAGGCGGGCAGCGUCAAGGGCGAGGCCUAUUUGAGUGUUUUGGUGCGGACACAAAUCAUCCAGCCGCCGGUGGACACGACGGUGCUGCUCGGCCUGACGGCCACUCUGCAGUGCAAGGUGUCCAGCGAUCCCAGUGUGCCGUACAACAUCGACUGGUAUCGCGAGGGUCAGUCGUCGACGCCCAUCAGCAAUUCGCAGCGCAUUGGCGUCCAGGCGGACGGGCAGCUGGAGAUCCAGGCGGUGCGGGCCAGCGACGUGGGGAGUUAUGCCUGUGUGGUCACCUCUCCCGGGGGAAAUGAGACGCGGGCCGCCCGCCUCAGCGUCAUCGAGCUGCCGUUCCCGCCCAGCAACGUGAAGGUGGAGCGACUGCCGGAGCCGCAGCAGCGCAGCAUCAACGUGUCCUGGACACCGGGAUUCGAUGGCAACAGUCCAAUAUCCAAAUUUAUUAUCCAGCGACGUGAGGUCUCCGAAUUGGAAAAAUUCGUAGGUCCAGUUCCAGAUCCUCUGCUCAACUGGAUCACCGAGCUGAGCAACGUCUCGGCGGACCAGCGUUGGAUCCUGCUCGAGAACCUCAAGGCCGCCACCGUCUACCAGUUCAGGGUUAGUGCCGUGAACCGCGUGGGCGAGGGCUCUCCGUCGGAGCCCAGCAACGUGGUCGAACUGCCCCAAGAAGAGUUUCCGCUUCACCGAGCUCCUUCCGGACCACCUGUGGGAUUUGUUGGAUCCGCCCGCUCCAUGUCGGAGAUCAUCACGCAGUGGCAGCCGCCCUUGGAGGAGCACCGCAAUGGCCAGAUCCUCGGCUACAUCCUGCGGUAUCGCCUCUUUGGCUACAACAAUGUGCCCUGGUCCUACCAGAACAUCACCAACGAAGCGCAGCGCAACUUUCUGAUCCAAGAGCUGAUCACCUGGAAGGACUACAUUGUCCAGAUUGCGGCCUACAACAACAUGGGCGUGGGUGUGUACACCGAGGGCUCCAAGAUCAAGACCAAGGAGGGGGUACCGGAGGCGCCGCCCACGAACGUGAAGGUGGAGGCCAUCAACUCGACGGCAGCGCGAUGCCGAUGGACGCCACCGAAUCCGCAGCAGAUCAAUGGCAUCAACCAGGGCUACAAGAUUCAGGCCUGGCAGAGUCGGCUGAUCGAUGGCGAGUGGAAGGACAUUGAGCGACGCAUGAUGACGGUGCCACCGAGUCUGAUCGAUCCUCUGGCGGAGCAGACUGCUGUUCUGGGAGGUCUCGAGAAGUACACCGAAUACAACAUCAGUGUGCUGUGCUUUACGGACCCCGGCGAUGGUGUGGCCAGUGUUCAGGUGCCGGUGAUGACCCUGGACGAUGUGCCCGACGAGGUGACCGCCCUGCACUUCGACGACGUCUCCGAUCGGUCGGUGAAGGUCCUCUGGGCACCGCCACGCUUCAUAAACGGAAUCCUCACGGGCUACACGGUUCGCUACCAAGUCAAGGAUCGCCCCGACACCCUGAAGACGUUCAACCUCACAGCGGAUGAUACUGAACUGACGGUGAAUCAACUGCAGGCCACCACCCACUAUUGGUUCGAGAUCUUCGCGUGGACGCGCAAGGGCAGUGGCACACCGAAAACAGCCACCAUCCAGUCUGGCGUGGAACCAGUUCUGCCCCAUGCACCCACCAGUCUGGCGCUCUCCAAUAUCGAAGCCUUCUCCGUGGUGCUGCAGUUCACCCCCGGCUUCGAUGGCAACUCCAGCAUUACCAAGUGGAAGGUGGAGGGCCAGACGGCCAGGAAUAUGACAUGGUUCACCAUCUGCGAAAUCAAUGAUCCGGAUGCGGAGACCUUGACCGUCACUGGUCUGGUGCCCUUUACCCAAUACAGGCUGCGAUUGAGUGCCAGCAACGUGGUGGGCAGUUCGAAGCCCUCGGAGGCCACCAAAGAUUUCCAGACCAUCCAGGCCAGGCCCAAGCAUCCACCGUUCAACGUGACCGUGAGGGCGAUGAGCGCCCAACAACUGCGGGUUCGCUGGAUUCCACUGCAGCAAACCGAGUGGUACGGCAAUCCCCGUGGCUAUAACAUAUCCUACAAGCAAUUGGUAAAAGGAGCCGGAUCCAGCAAGUACCUACCACGUUCCGUGGUAAUCGAAGAUCACACGGCCAACUCGCACGUGCUGGAUGGCCUGGAGGAGUGGACGCUGUACGAGGUGAAAAUGAAUGCCUGUAACGACGUGGGUUGCUCCAAGGAGAGUGAGACGGCGGUGGAGAGGACUCGCGAGGCGGUUCCCAGCUAUGGACCCCUGAAAGUCCAGGCGAAUGCCACAACGUCGACCACAGUGGUCGUGCAGUGGGGUGAGGUGCCGCCACAGCACAGGAACGGCCAGAUCGAUGGCUACAAGGUGUUCUACGCGGCCACGGAUCGGGGCCAACAGGUGCUGCACAAGACGAUACCGAACAAUGCCACAUUCACCACAACCCUGACGGAGCUCAAGAAGUUCGUGGUCUACCACGUUCAGGUCUUGGCCUACACGAGGCUGGGCAAUGGUGCUCUGAGCACGCCACCCAUUCGAGUUCAGACCUUCGAGGACACCCCCGGAGUGCCGUCGAAUGUGAGCUUCCCCGACGUCACCCUGACCAUGGCUCGCAUCAUUUGGGACGUGCCCAUGGAUCCCAACGGCGAGAUCCUGGCCUACCAGGUCACCUACACCCUGAAUGGCAGUGCCCAGCUGAACUACAGUCGGGAGUUUCCGCCCUCCGAUAGGACCUUCCGGGCCACGGGCUUGCUGCCCGAGAAGUACUACAGCUUUAGUUGCACGGCCCAGACGCGCCUGGGUUGGGGUAAGAUAGCCACUGCCCUGGUGUACACCACCAACAACCGGGAGCGACCGCAGGCCCCGUCGGUGCCGCAAAUAUCACGCAGCCAGAUACAGGCCCAUCAGAUCACCUUCAGCUGGACACCGGGCAGAGACGGCUUCGCACCACUGCGUUACUACACGGUGGAGAUGCGCGAGAACGAGGGCAGGUGGCAGCCACUGCCGGAGAGGGUGGAUCCCUUGCUGAGUUCCUAUACAGCCCUCGGGCUCAGACCCUACAUGACGUACCAGUUUCGCAUCCAGGCCACCAAUGACUUGGGACCCUCUGCGUUUAGUAAGGAGAGUUCGGUGGUGAGGACUCUGCCCGCUGCUCCGGCAGUCGGAGUGGGAGGCCUUAAGGUCGUGCCCAUCACCACCACCUCGGUGCGUGUGCAGUGGAGCGCCCUGGAAACGGGCAUGUGGAAUGGUGACGCCGGAACUGGGGGCUACAGGAUUCUUUACCAGCAACUCUCCGACUUCCCCACCGCCCUGCAGUCGACACCCAAGACCGAUGUGCAUGGCAUCAAUGAGAACAGUGUGGUGCUCUCAGAUCUUCAGCAGGAUCGCAACUAUGAGAUUGUGGUGCUACCCUUCAAUUCCCAAGGUCCAGGACCGGCCACGCCCCCGGCAGCGGUUUAUGUGGGAGAAGCGGUGCCCACCGGAGAACCGAGAGCCGUAGAUGCGGCACCCAUUUCCAGCACUGAAGUGCGCCUGCUGUGGAAGCCACCGAAGCAGAGCAUGCAGAAUGGCGACAUUCUGGGCUACAAGAUCUACUACUUGGUCACCUACUCACCGCAGGCCCUGGAGCCCGGCCGCAAGUGGGAGGAGGAAAUCGAGGUGGUGUCGGCCACGGCCACCUCGCACAGCCUGGUGUUCCUGGACAAGUUCACCGAGUAUCGCAUCCAGUUGCUGGCCUUCAAUCCGGCCGGAGAUGGACCAAGGUCUGCGCCAAUAACCGUGAAAACACUGCCAGGAGUGCCAAGUGCUCCGCUUCACCUUCGCUUCUCGGACAUCACCAUGCAGAGCCUGGAGGUUACCUGGGACCCACCAAAGUUCCUCAACGGCGAGAUCCUGGGCUACCUGGUCACCUACGAAACCACCGAGGAGAAUGAGAAGUUCAGCAAGCAGGUGAAACAAAAGGUAUCCAACACCACCCUUCGAGUGCAGAAUCUGGAGGAGGAGGUCACCUACACGUUCACCGUCCGCGCUCAAACGUCCGUGGACUACGGUCCGGGAGUGAGUGAGAAUGUGACGACAGGACCCCAAGAUGGUUCCCCAGUGGCUCCACGAGAUCUCAUCCUGACCAAGACGCUGUCCAGCGUCGAGAUGCACUGGAUCAACGGGCCGUCGGGCAGGGGACCCAUUCUGGGCUAUCUGAUCGAGGCCAAGAAGCGGGAAAAAGGAGAGCCGUCAUUUGUUUACGAUUCCCGCUGGACAAAGAUCGAACAGACCAGGAAGGGCAUGAUGCAGGACUUUACGGUCAGCUACCACAUCCUGAUGCCCUCCACUGCGUACACAUUCCGGGUGAUCGCCUACAAUCGCUACGGCAUCUCGUUCCCCGUGUACUCCAAGGACUCCAUCCUCACGCCCUCGAAACUUCACCUGGAAUACGGCUAUCUGCAGCACAAGCCCUUCUACCGGCAAACCUGGUUCAUGGUCUCCCUGGCGGCCACCUCGAUAGUGAUCAUAGUGAUGGUCAUCGCAGUGCUGUGUGUCAAGAGCAAGAGCUACAAGUAUAAACAGGAGGCCCAGAAGACGCUGGAGGAAUCCAUGGCCAUGUCAAUUGACGAGCGGCAGGAGUUGGCGCUGGAGCUGUACCGCUCCCGCCACGGCGUUGGCACCGGCACCCUCAACAGUGUGGGCACUCUGCGCAGCGGCACCCUGGGCACUCUGGGCCGGAAGUCCACCAACCGCCCGCCGCCGGGCGUCCAUCUCGGCAAGAGUCCGCCGCGCCCGUCGCCCGCCUCCGUGGCCUACCACAGCGACGAGGAGAGCCUGAAGUGCUACGACGAGAAUCCGGACGACAGCAGUGUGACCGAGAAGCCCUCGGAGGUGAGCAGUUCGGAGGCAUCGCAGCACUCGGAGAGCGAGAACGAGAGCGUGCGCAGCGAUCCGCAUUCGUUUGUGAAUCACUAUGCCAACGUGAACGACUCGCUGCGGCAGUCGUGGAAGAAGACCAAGCCGGUGCGCAACUACUCCAGCUACACCGACUCGGAGCCGGAGGGCAGUGCAGUGAUGAGCCUCAAUGGUGGCCAGAUUAUCGUCAAUAAUAUGGCCAGAUCGAGGGCACCACUGCCCGGCUUCUCGUCGUUCGUCUGACAAUCAACCGAGUUCUAAGAUCUAAGCACCAGUAGCAACGGCACCGUCAUCCGCGAGACCUUUGUCUAGGCAUUCAGCUCCGGCGGAAUGGAGGAUGGACAAGACAGGCGGGACAAGGGGAUGCGGAGAAGGAAGACGGAGCUGGGGGCUCGGCUGGGGGCGAAUCGAGAGGCGAACUGCAAGGAGCCGGACGACGACACCCACAUCCACAUAUCAGACCGAUCCGGCGGCUCCAGGCCUCAGCCCCUCCAGCUCUCCGACGAUGCGCUGCUACAGGGAUAUACAUACUACACUAUACAUAUACCAGACAUUCGGUUAGGCUACCCUGUACGCAUUUAGUUUUAGUUUCUAGUUACGAGAGAUCUGAGAUUUGCGAGCGUUUUGUGUGCCUUCCACCCUGGGUUGUGCACUGUCUCGUUUCGAACUAAGCCCCAGCACCUCUUUUAAUCCCCUUGCAUGCGUAUCAUUGUUCAUUUCAAUUCAAAACCAAGUGCGCAAUCCAGUGUGAGGGCACACCAGUUUUAGCCUGUGUUGCCCAGCAUGACUCUGCUCCUAUUUUUAGUAUUUAUUUUGUGCAGUGUUCAGUGUGAGUGCGAUGCCGUCUGCCACGCCUCCAAACAAUGGCAUUUAUCGCGGGGGGCGCGACGAAUCGAGUCCGAGUCCUGUGAUAAAGUGAUUGGUCGUCGCCCCCCAAGAGUUUUUCGAGUUCAAAUGAUUUCCAAGUGUGUUCAGCGCGUGGCAGGCGGCUUGACCUUUUGAGUGACUGUGAGUGUGAGUGAUUUACGCGUUUAGUCUGGCGCAAUCUCAUUAUAUUUAAAGACGACAAGCGACAAGGUUAUGUUUUAUGUUUAUUUUUUUUUUUUGCGUGUGCGAUUGAAGCUGGGAAAUGUGGAGGUUUGAAGGCCAGAGGAGGAGACACCGAUGCAAUCGGCGGUCCAAGUAGAGGAAGCCCUGAGAGAAAGUUCACGGGAAAGACAAAAAGGAACGAAAACCGUAAUAUGCAAGCAGAGGAAAAACAAAAUUCUAACUUAUAAGCAAAGAUAUGUGUAUUUUUUUUUGGGAAAGGCAACAAGACGAAGGCUAUAGCUAUUGGGAACGAGCAGAAUAUCUGAGGACGAAGGCUUAGGAUACGAAUAUUCAUCAGAUAUAUUGAUAGGCCAUAUUAAUGCAAUUUCUGUACCACAUAAGCCCACAAACGAAACUGUAACACACAAAGCAAGCAAGCAAACAAACAACAAACAAACAAACAAACAAACAAACGAGCAAACCUGCAAUUAGCAGAACUGCAACAAACACAAACAAGCGAAGGAAGGACUCUCUUCGAGCGCAUGCGCAGCAGACUUAGCACUAAGUACGUUGAGUACGAUCUUCUUAGGCGUAAGACCAAUUUUUUUUUGUUAGUUGGGGCCCAGUCCCUGCGGGGACUACGCCCCGGUACUCUAGCUCGUAACUCUUCGAUUGUUCAACCCCCGACGCUUAGGUGUAAUCGUACUCGUAAUCGUAAUUGUAUUUGAACGCAGUUUAUAUUUAUGACUAUAUUUAUAUAUCGAUGUAUACAUGUAUAUCUAAAAACCUAAACGACUGAUUAUAUAUUUUCCCCCGAUUAGUUGUACACUUAA